AUGAAUUUUCAACCACAAUUUCAAAAUCAAUUGGAUUCGAUGAAUUUUAAUUUUCAAAAUAUGAAUCUACAAGGUUCAAAUGGUGUGCCACCAUUACCAUCACAACAACAUGUUCCCAAUAUGAUCCCUGAUCAUAACAUUAGUCGAACUUCAACUCCAAACCCAAAUAAUGGCGGGGGUACACCUUCUCAGCUAAAUAGAGCUCCAUUAUCCAGAACCACCUCCUUAUUGGAUUCAAUAGGUAUCCAAAGAGUAGGUUCUCCAUUUAUGCAACCAGGAGGUCCCUCUGCCGUCGAUAUGGGUGGUGGUCUAUCUCAAAAUAUGCAAUCGUCUUCAAUCUUAAAUAAUUGGGGAACUCCAUUGAACAACAAUAACAACAAUUCUAAUGGUGGAGUCCAAUUGAAUCACGAAGAUUCGUCUUUGACUUCUUCUCCUUAUGCUGCAAAAAUGCAUCCUAGCUUGAGUACUCAAUCACUAAUGUUUUCUAGAUCUUCUGCUGGAACCCCUGUUUUGAACCAUUCAACUAUCAAUUCAGGUUUAGCAACUACGAAUAAUGCUAUGUAUGCUCCAAUGACACCAUCGGAUUCGAUGCAUUUCCAACAACGACAGAUACAACCACAGCCUCAUCAUACCCCUAUUCUACCACACCCACCUCCUCAACAGCAACAGAAUAUUCCAAUUCUGAUAGAAUCACAAUGGAAAUAUAUCGAUUCCAUGGGGCAGGUACAAGGUCCUUUUGAAUCUUCAAAAAUGAAUAGUUGGUUGGCAAGUGGUUAUUUCCCUUCUAAUUUACAAGUUUCAAGAACAAAUACAUCCCCUGAGCCAUUGGGUAUUAAUGAUAAGUUUAUGACAGUGACAGAAAUUAUCAACUUCUCAAACGAUUUCUUUGCUCCUUUUUCUGCUGUUGAUAAAAUUAUAUCUGCCAGUAUAUUGAGCCAACAAGCUUCUACAUUAGCAGGAGGCAGCACUUCUUUACAGGAUUCCUUAAGUUCUUUAUCUACAGGUUUAAACUCUGCUAAACCUAACCUGAGGGAAAAGGAUUACUCUUAUGAUGAAUUAUUGCAAUUAAGAAAUAACGAUGGUAGUUACUAUAAAGAGUCAAUUAUCAAAAUUCCUGUAGGCAGAAGCAAGAAGGAAAAAUUAGAUCCAGAUUUUGUCGUUCCACAAGCUGCACCAGAACCAUUAUUACCAAAGUCUCCUACUCCGGUGAAACAUCAAAGCCAUUCCCCAAAGAAAAUGGAGAUCUCGAAAACAGCAGACAUACAUUCGAUUAGUCCUAAGAAGACAUCUCCUUUGAAAACUGAAACUUCAGUAGCAACGAAGGACGAAAGAGAAGUACAUCAUACCGAGGAAAAGGUUUUGAAAGUGGAACAAGGUUUAGAAGAGGACGAUUCAGUUGAAACAGAAGAAACACAAGAUGAAGAAAGUGAAAAAGAAGAGGAGGAAGAAGAAAUCUCAGAGGUUAAUGAUUCAAAACUUGCCACUCCAAGUCAAGGUAAAACUAAUCUAGCACCAUGGGCCAACAAAGUUGAAAAAGUUGAACCUGUCAAUAUUCCUUCCUUAGAAGAAAUGAAGAAACAGACGUUAUCGAAAAAACAAUUAGAUCAAAACAACUUGGCUCAGAUGCGUUUAGAACAAGCCCAAUUAGCCAGAGAAGAAGUCAUCGAGACACAAAUUCCCACAAGACCUUCUUCGAAUGUUGCACCAUGGGCUAACAAAGUGACGAGCAAUAAGAUUGAACCUGUUAUUAUACCAGCCCCAGAGCAAAUGAAGAAGAAACCAUCAUCUAGUAAUAAAUUAGAAAAAAUUACAAAAGCUACCCCUAUAAAGUGGGAAGAUUUAGCAUAUCCUGAUGAGAAGAAGGAUAAUGAAAUGAAAUCAAUGUUGACAUGGGCCACUAAACCAACUUCUGUUCCUGUGUCUUUGAACAUCAAGCCACAACCUAAGAAGAAAUCUUCCUCUACUGUAUCAAGUGGCUCUACAUCCACUUCCCACUCUUCUAGACUUGGCGAUGAAUCAGUUCCAUCUUUAUUAGAUCUAAAUGAUAAUGAUUUUAUUACAGAACAAAAGAAGUUAUGGCAAGAUGCUCAUCGUUCCAGUGGCUCUUCAUCAACAGAUAAUGCUUGGACUACUGUCUCAUCUAAAAGUUCCAAAUCUUCUGUUACUACUACCCAAGCAAAAAUUGUUAGUCAACCAAGUUCUUAUGUCAGUCCUGACAAAUUGAGAAGUAUCGGAGGCAGUUCAACUCCAGUGAGAAGCAAGCAAAUUGGAUCAUCUACCACUAUUCCAUCAUUGAAGGCCAAAGCUUCUAGUGGAUCUCUAGCUACAGCUUAUCCUGGUAAUGCUUCUAUUUCAGCACGUCAAGAAUUGAUUAAAUGGAGUAGAUCUCAAAUGAAACUUGAUUCGGGAAUCCAGGUGAACAGCGUCUUGGAAGUGUUAUUCAGUCUUCCAGCGGGUACAGAAUCCACUGAGAUCAUUGCCGAUACCAUCUAUUCCAACAGUUCUACAAUGGACGGUAAAAGGUUUGCUACUGAAUUUAUCAAGAGACGUAUUGACUGUGAAAGACAACUGACAGAUCCGUUGACAUGGAUUGAAGCACUAGCUCUUCCAGAAGGUAAUGAAGAUGACUGGGAGUUCCAAGUAGUCGGCAAGAAGAAGAGCAGAAGACAUUAG